CUGUGAUGAUCCACACCUCUUUGUGGAUGGGAUCAGCUCCCAUGACUUACACCAGGGCCAGGUCGGGAACUGCUGGUUCGUGGCUGCCUGCUCCUCCCUGGCGUCCCGGGAGUCUCUGUGGCAGAAGAUUUUUGUGCACAGCAGCACCGUCAGUUCCUAAUCUACAAACGAGGCGUGAGGGCACCCAGAGGAAGCUCCGGAGGGUGUUUUGCGUCACCGGCCCGGGUUGCCUAGCACCGCUGGGACCGUGGAGAGGGGGCACCAGCUCCGGGGGCUUGGAGGUUUUUUCCCCCUGCGUGUCCUGUUUGAGAGCCAGACGUUGCUGAGGACGUAGCAGAGGAGCAACCGAGGCGAUGGCAGCCGCGGCAGGGAUGCUCGAGCUGCCCUUCGUCCGCGAUGACCAGCUCACCCGGUGCAUGCGACUGCGGUUCCAGAGCCUGCAGCAAAAAAACGUGAGGCCCCAGGAUGGCGAGAAGCUGCUGCGUCCCAAUGAGCACAUCUACCGAGUGGAUUUCAUCCGGCAGCACAACCUGCGCUUCCUCCGCUGGAACAUCCAGCUGGAGAGACCUGGGAAGGUCACAGUGACCGGCACCUCCCAGCACUGGACUCCUGAUCUCACCCACCUUAUGAACCGGCAGCUGCUGGAGCCGAUUGGCAUCUUCUGGAAGAAGCCAGGGGCCAAGGAGGUGGAGUGCAACGAGGCAGAUGCCCAGGAAUUUGGGGAGCGGAUAGCGGAGUUAGCCCAGAUCCGCAAGGUCAUCCCAGACUGGAAGGAGCAGGAGUGGAAUCCCGAGAAACCUGAGAGCUACGUGGGGAUCUUCCACUUCCAGUUCUGGCGUUUUGGUCAGUGGCUGGACGUGGUGAUAGAUGACCGCCUGCCCACACUCCACAACCAGCUCAUCUACUGCCACUCCAACUCCAGGAAUGAGUUCUGGUGCGCCUUGGUGGAGAAAGCUUAUGCCAAGUUGUCAGGUUGUUACGAGGCUCUGGAUGGAGGUAACACAGCUGAUGCCCUGGUAGACUUUACUGGCGGGGUCUCUGAACCUAUCGACCUGACUGAAGGGGACUACAUCACUGAUGAAGCCAAGCGAAACCUCCUCUUCGAGCGUGUGUUGAAGGUGCACAACCGGGGAGGCCUCAUCAGCUGCUCCAUCAAAGCCACGUCAGCGGCUGACAUGGAGGCCCGCCUGGCCUGCGGGCUGGUGAAGGGCCAUGCAUAUGCAGUGACGGACGUGCGGAAGGUCCGCCUGGGCCAUGGCCUGCUGUCCUUCUUCAAGUCAGAGAAGCUGGACAUGAUCCGCAUGCGCAACCCAUGGGGCGAGCGGGAGUGGAACGGCCCUUGGAGCGACACCUCUGAGGAGUGGCAGAAAGUGAGUAAAAGUGAGAGAGAGAAGAUGGGGAUGACAGUGGAAGAUGAUGGAGAGUUCUGGAUGACCUUUGAAGAUUUCUGCAAAUACUUCACAGACAUCAUCAAGUGCCGUCUCAUCAACACGUCCUACCUGAGCAUCCACAAGACCUGGGAGGAGGCAGUGCUACAUGGGGCAUGGACCAGAAAUAGCGACCCCUUGAAGAACCGCUGUGGAGGCUGUAUCAAUCACAAGGACACCUUUUUGCAGAAUCCCCAAUACGUGUUUGAUGUGAAGAAGGCAGAAGAUGAAGUGCUGAUCUCCAUCCAGCAGAAGCCAAAAAGGACCAGUCGCAAAGAGGGCAAAGGAGAGAACCUGGCCAUAGGCUUUGAUAUCCAUAAGGUGGAGCUGAACAGGAACUACCGGAUGCACACCCUGCAGCAGAAGGUGGCCAGCUCCAUUUACAUUAACUCCCGCAGCGUCUUCCUGAGGACGGACCUGAAGGAAGGCCGCUACGUCAUCAUCCCCACCACUUUUGACCCUGGUCAUGUAGGCGAGUUCCUUCUCAGGAUUUUCACGGAUGUGCCUUCAGAUUGCCGAGAGCUGACGCUGGAUGAGCCACCACACACCUGCUGGAGUGGGAUGUGUGGUUACCCGCAAGUGGUGUCCCAGAUCCAUGUCCUCGCUGCAGCUGGGCUCAAGAAUCAGGACUCCCAAGGAGGAGCUGACCCUUAUGUGAUCAUAAAGUGUGAAGGGCAAAAAGUUCGCUCUCCAGUGAAGAAGAACACGGUGUCUCCAGAAUUUGACGUGAAAGGGCUCUUCUACCGCAAGAAGCCAGGACAACCCAUCAUUGUUCAGAUCUGGAACCACAACUUAAUAAGCGACGAGUUCUUGGGCCAAGUGGUGCUCACGGGGGAUCCCAGCGACCGGCAGUCGGUGCACACCCUGCACCUCCAGGACAAGGGGAACAGGAGAUCAAAUGAUCUCCCUGGGACCAUCGCUGUAAGGUUGCUCAGCAGUAACAUCCUCACCAACGUCUGAGUACCCAAGGACUCUUCUUCUGGUGCCACAUAUGUGUAUAUAGACAUGCACACAUACAUACAUAUAUAUAUAUACACACACACACAGCCUACCUACCAUCUGCAAGGUGUAUAUGAACUACGCAUGCAUUCCACUCAAAGGAGCCAAUCUUGUGUUUUCAAUGUUAAAAAAUGGUGCCUUUUUGGGGAACCGCAACGAUCCUUCUGCUGGCGUCCUCCGCAGCCCCCAUCGCCGCCCUGUGCCCCGUGGGAUCGCUGUGGACGUGCCGUGUGUCCUGACAGCCAGAGCACGAUGCCCUGAUGCUGUUUGUUUACACAGGCUGGCACACAGGUGCCACCACGCACACGUGUGGCCACCGCGGUCCCACCAGCUGCUUCAACACAUCUUCGAUGUGUCUGCUUGGUUUUAGAGUAGCGUGUGUGGAGUCGUCACCUGUGAAACUGCCAUGUAAUCGCUUCUCUGUGGAGGCACCUCAGCAAAGGAGAAGUGGAAAAAUAGAUCGGGGCCUUUUGGAUGUUUUCUGGGUAUGGGUUUGCAUACUGCAACUGGAAGGACAAUGCGCCAAGGCAAUCCCACAUCCACAGGGGCAACGAGACUAAAGGCUCCAUCAUUUUAGGGACAAGCUGUCUCCUCCUGAGUCUUGUUGAACCCCAUGCAUCUCUGAAGGAUGCAAAGAUGCCAACAACCAUGGUGGGACAACUGUUCUCUGGGGUCAGGUUUUUGAAUCGGUCUGGACUCAGCUCCUGCGCGUGCCUCUCGAACUGCCGUGGUGCCUGCUGUCUCCAUGUCUUCAUGCCGUCCCCAUCCCAAGAGCUCACCCCAGUAGCUGGGUUGGAUUGUCUGCUGGGGCUGUUCAGUGUUAAGAUAAGAGGAGAUGAGUUCCUCUGAAGGCCAAAGCAUCAGGUCCAAGGGACGGGGAGCUUUGCUCAACAGGCUCCAUCUUUACUGCUGCACACAGUGCAUCAUUUCUCAGUGCCUCGCUUUCCCAAAUUCUUUUUAAAAAUGGUGGGAUUUUAGCUUGUACUGGAGGAGAGAAGAGGAGCGCUGCUCCCAGUGCAGCCUGAAAGUGCUGGGAAUAUUUAAUUCAUACCAGUGUCCAUCUCUCACCCUUCAUUUCCAGCCUCUGGGCCUGGAGGAUGAGUUGCACAGUGCUAGAGCCAGUCUCACAAGCACAACCCAAACCCAUCCUUGGGGCCACGUCUAGGGCCAUGAUCUGCUCCUGUUUGCCAUGAAGACUGGGUUUAUCUUCCUUAUUCCACUGGGUGGCAGAAUCUGGCUUCUUAUAAACCAUCCCCAAUAAGCCAAACAACAAACCCUUGUCUGGCCUUUCAGCAGCUGAUCAGGGCAGGUUUCAAAGCAUUUUUUCACUCCUGUUGUUUAGGUUGGGUUUUGUUUUUUUUUUUUAUUCAUGUGCCUUUAAAAAUGGUGCAAGGUAAGGUGUUUUUUUUUCUGACAUUUUCUAACAAAUAUAUCUUUUGCAGUCACCUGCAUGCAAGUGGAAAUGAAUACAUAUGAUGUAAACUUGUCAUCUUGGCCCGAGCAGAGUUCUGUACCUGCAAGGACAAGUGAACACAAAAGCCUUCUUUUGCCAUAGCAAGUAGGGUUUCUGUUUGUCCUAUGAAAUGCCCAUGUUUGUGCUGCAAGUCUGUAUUUAUUUUUUUUAAAGUCCCUAAAGAUCUCCUAAAUCUAUAACGUGGUAAGAUGUUCCCUGAAGUCACAUUAGCUGCCAGCUCAAUUCUUGGUGCAUCCAGAAGCAUAGAGUACAAUUUCAUUGAUUUCUUCAGGCUGUUCUUCCCCUUUCUUCAUAGAAUCAUAGAAUGGUUCGGGUUGGAACGGACCUUAAGGAUCAUCCAGUUCCAACCCCCUGCCCUGGGCAGGGACACCUUCCACCAGCCCAGGUUGCUCCAAGCCCCGUCCAACCUGGCCUUGAACCCCUCCAGGGAUGGGGCAGCCACAGCUUCUCUGGGCAAUCUUCAUCUUCAGAUCUUCAGAAUUUACCUCCUGUGGUUAUGAAUUGGAUUUUUGACCAAAUUGCUUAUUUUCUUAGGUCUUGUUUUCCAAGCUUAGAGCUGUAGCAAGCUGUGGCCCACAGAAGGCUCUUUCCAAGCCUCAGUUAUUCCUGCCUUGUGCUGGACACCCUCUAACUACCGGUGCCAUCACUGGGACCUGGUUUAGUUCAGCAUCUUGCAGAAUUGGCUCCUAGUUUGGUAAAGCAGCAUUUUGACCCCAACAUCAAAGCAAAUCCUUGAAUUUGGGCAGACUGAUUCAGAGAUAUUUUGACUGUUUUGUUUUGUUUUCAUUGGACUCAUCACUGAAAAUAGAUGGAAGCAUCAUUGUGGAGCUAGAAGGCAUGAUUUAGGUCUUAGGAGACGAUCUCACAGGCUUACGUUCAGAAUAGUACGUGAGAGGAACUGUGAUGCCCAAAGAUACCUCACCUGGCAGGGGGAAGCUCUGUAGCUAAGGGAGAACAUCACAGGAACAUCACAGGAGCUUCGCACCGUCAUCGGCAGAUGGGGUUACCCAGCCUGCCCACAUUAGCCUUGUUUUCUCAGGAAAUCAGGCUACCGAUAGCUUCAGCAAACGAGAGCCAUUUGGCCAGGAGUGCUCUGGCAUGUGCCAAACUGCACCGUGAUCCCCAAGGAACGGCGCUGAAGCUUGCCAAGGAGUAGCGAUGCCCUGGUCACCACGGGCAGCCUCCUUGCUUCCUACUUGAGAGAACCAAGCCAUAAUGAGAGGAAAGGCAGCUUCUUAAUAGCUGCUUCUUCAAAAAAAAUAAAAAGUCAUCAUGCUAUAUCAGGACCAAAAUGUCUUAAUAUUAGUAAUAUUUUUUCUUUUUUUUUAACUUUUGAAAAGUUAAAGCAGAAGCCUUCUUCCCCCUACAUUUCCAAUGGGAUAAUGGGAUAACAAAAAUUACCUCUUUGCUUUUUUUUUUUUUUUGGUCUUGUUUGUAGAGCAGAUGGAGUUACUGAAAUGCCAUUCCUAAUGUUGAUGCCUUUUCUCUUUGAAUGAAGUAAACAGAAAUAUUCAGGGUUUUUUUCGCCUGAGGGGAGGGCAGAUCUGAUAAGCACUUUCCAGUCCCUCCCAGGUGGUGCAGGACAUGUCUCUGAUUUAUUUUCCUUUUCUUUUGUUAAUCAUUUCAAUGGUUGCACGUAGCCUGCCAUUAUGUGAAAUCCAUUUCUUUUUGACGUCUGCAUGUUAAAACAGGCUAUGACUUGUCUUCAUCUCCAAAGGCACUGAUGUGUCGUGUUGCACAAGAUCAGAGAGUGGUCCAAACAGAAAGCCAACGUUGUACAGCUGUAAACCUCCUAUAAA